CUCAAAUAAAAUACACAACACUCACCGCUCUGAAUAAAAGAACUGAAGAACCGCGUAACAAUUUCAAGGAAAAGCAGAACGUAACCAUUCCUCCAGUGCUCGGUAUGGCUUCUCAGGAUGUCGCAUUCGACGCUCUAGUCGAGGGCCUGGCCGACACUGUCAACACCCUGGACACUGAUCUGAAGCCGCUCAUCGAGAACUUCAAGGAAAUAUCCUCCAAACUGCCCGUGUUAGAUCAGGCCAAACUCAACGUUCUACUGGCUUACUCAAUAGAGUCGAUCAUAUUUAGUGCUCUGCGUCUGGAGGGAGUCGACGCAAAAAACCAUGACGUCUUCAGGGAACUCACAAGGACCAAGCAGUACUUUGACAAGAUCAAGAAGGCCGAAACACCUCCCGAGCCGCGUCCGGAAGGGGCUGGUGUGGACACACAGGCCGCUAUUCGCUUUAUAAAGGCCGAUCUGGCUGACGAGAAGAGCAAGGAAAUGAACCUACGACUUAAGGAGUUGCUGGCAAAGGAAAAGGCGAAAGCAGCGCUCAAAAAGAGACGUGCUCCAGAAGCCGCCGAAGCCUCUGCUGAGACGAGUGAUGCUAGUGUUAACCAGUCGGACAACAGCAAGGCCAAGCGGAAAAAGCACGGAAGCAGCUCCAAGGGAUCCAAGGUGACCAAGUGAGACCAGAAUUACUUAACUCUUCUGAUUCGGGUUGGACCUAUGAGGCCAAGCCGAUCCUCCCGCUGAUUUAGUACGUACCUAUGAAGUCUGCUGAUCUAUGCGUUAUGAGGCUGGUAUGCAUUGCGCCACAGGCUUGUCAGGAAUAAGGCCUUCGCGGGAAGUAACGAGGAAUUACGCAUGAUCUAGGCUUCUAGACGGCAAGCUUUUGACCCUAGGCAUAGAAAAUAGGUGGUGUUAUGGCAGUAUUGGCCGGUAGUGAGCUUACCAGAAGAGAAAAAAAAACCUCGACUGGCUGGCGGCUUACAAGGAGAUGAGAUGAACCUGAGAUACCCUGGGCAUAGAGCAGCCCUAUUCCAUAUGAAACAAAUUUCUUUCAAAGAUACGGUGUGCUAUCAUAGACACGAAUUUUUCUGCAGCCUCACGAAC